CUCACUUUGACCUUUUCUCCAUCAAAACCAAUAACCCCUUUAUUUGUUAUUUAAAAAAAAAAAAAAAAAUUACACCUUGAGCUAAUAACACAAGGAAGAACAGGAAAAAGUCUCUCUCCGAUGAACACGCCUCUGGAUUCUACUACGGAUCAGGACGAGUGUAGUUCCGCCGCGUCAUUUGCUCAUUCACUUGUUGUCGCGCCGCUCGAUACGGCCAAUACCAUCCAUAACAUUAGUCUUGCUCUCAACAAUGGGAGCGAUGCAACUCAAGCGGAUGUCUCAAUGGAUCUUACCACCACUUCCACGGACGCGGAUGCUCUAAUGAAAGAUGUCACAGAUGCAGUGCAGAGUAAUAUGACAGCUACAGAACAACAGCAACAGCAGCCUGCAGAAGCACGUAUGGCUGUUGCUGAACUCCUAGUCUCUCUCGCGCAAAACUCUCGUAGCAAUGAGGCUUCAACAUCACAGGAUGAUGGAACAGCAGCAGCCACUUCGGCGUUUGUCAGCGCAGUAACAGGCAACCCGCAACCAAUAACUGAUAUGACACAGGAAUCGCCAAUCUUUAAAAACGCCGUAGAUUAUGUUGGGUCUGUAAAGAAGGCCUAUGAAAAUAACCCCAAGGUGUACACAGAGUUUUUGUCCGCUCUCGGGGAAUACCAUAAUCAAAACCUACCAUUAGAUCGAAUGGUACAAACAGUGAUGACUCUUUUCCAGGAUCAACCAGAUCUUUUACUCGGAUUCAAAGAAUUUCUGCCAGAAGCACAGGAAAUUUUGAAUCAAUUAGUGCCGCCAAUGAUGUAUUCGGAUUAUAAGGGAAACGCGUCUAAAAUAGAAGUAAGUAACGUUGGAUCUCCAGCUACAACCAGAGCAACUAUACCCGCCGCAUUGAUAGCUACACCAGUAAUGGGCGUUCAGCAGCCAGCACAAAACUUUAGUACUAAUGGAAGAGAUGGCGCGGCAGCAGAUUUCCUGAGUAUGAUCAAGGAACUAUCGCAACAAGAACCGAAUAUGUAUCAACAUUUGAUUACCCUUCUUCGAAAAUUCCAAAAGGACCAUAACUAUGCAAACUUAUACUUUUACGUCUCGAUAAUUCUGCGGAAUCACUCUCAUUUGUUACAGAGGUUCCAAAAUUUCCUUCCUUCGGUUGUUUCUGGUGUAGAAGUGACAGAGCCAAGGAUCAUAUCAAAAGCACCGCCAGAAGAACUGGUUGUAUCCCCUGAAUUUAUCGAAGCAAAAGACUUUGUACAAACUGUCAAGCUCGAAGCCAAGAACGAUCUAUCAAUGUAUGACAGAUUUAUUAUUGCACUGGAAAAAUAUCAGUAUAAUGGGUGGACUCUCGAUCAGGUCUAUUCAGAAGUCUCGCUUAUUUUUUGGAAUCAUCCAGAUGCAUUGAUCGGAUUUAAGCAAUUUAUCUCAUCGGUACCGGCCCAAUCUUCACAACUCUGAAGUAUAUAGGUGUCCCACGCUUGUCACACGUUCCAUGAACAUUAACCGCACAAGUCAUAGAAGCUCGAGAUAAAUUUUUUUAAAAAUCCUUGUGAAG